AUGGGACUACUUUAUCCAUAUGAAUUCAAGUCACAAUUAAUCGUUUAUGCAGAUGCAGGAUACUUAUCUGAUCCACACAAAGGAAUAUCUCAAAUAGGAUACCUAUUCACAUAUGGUGAUACAGCUAUGUCAUGGAGAUCCACAAAACAGACGAUAACAACAACAUCCUCUAAUCAUGCUGCAAUACUAGCGAAAUAUAUGAAGCAAGUCGCGAGUCGAGGAAGUUCAAGAGAGGAUUCCGGCGGUGCUGAUAGAAUGUUGAACCAACUACUAACAGAGAUGGAUGGAAUGUCUGUUAAGGAAACAAUGUUCAUCAUUGGAGCAACAAACAGACCUGACAUUAUAGACCCUGCAUUGCUUCGGCCAGGACGUCUUGACCAAUUGAUAUACAUUCCUUUACCGGAUGAGACAUCACGUCGUCUCCAGAUCUUCAAAGCGUGCUUGAGGAAGUCACCAAUUUCGAAGGAUGUCGAUCUUUCGGUUCUUGCUCGUUAUACACAUGGAUUUAGUGGUGCAGACAUUACUGAGAUAUCAUCACGAGCUUCGGAUCUGGUAAAGACAGUUCUGACUGAAAGCGGAAGUGGAUCGCGGUAG